UAUUUCUUCUCUAAAGUUUCGAGCUUCUAGAAAUCCUUCUUCAGUUGCCUGAUAUUAAUCCUUGCAAGGUCAACAACGACAAUGAAACAUGUUUGUUCAUGGCACUUGAUCGCGUCGCAGACGUAGAAAUUGUAGAAAGACUGAUCAGGACAGAUUUUGAUGUCAAUACCCGUAACAAUAGAAACAGGACAUAUCUUCACGUUUGCAGUCACAUCAGCUACAUCAAAUUUGCUGAGAUUUUCAUCAAACGGGGUGCAAACGUGGACGCUGUUGACGAUGACGGAUUAACACCUUUACAUGAAGCUGUGCGAGCAAAUAACAUCGAAUACGUUCGGAUGUUACUGUACUAUAGGGCGGAUGUAACGGCCAAAUGUUUCAAGUACGUCAGUACAGCUUUCAUGAAAGCUUUAGGUGCAAAAUCGCUCGAAAUCGCCUACGAACUUUUGGAUUACGAGGUCGAUUUCAGUAACGUAAGUUUUAACGGAGAAACGACCUUUGCACUGGCCAUGGCCUGUAAUCACACCUUAGCCGAGGCACUACUAGAUAGAAGUGUCGAAAUUGAUCCUGAUGAUUACAAGCUUAUGCAUGACAUAUUGAUGCGCGGAAAUAAAAGUAUAUUUAAAAGGGUUUGGCCAGUAAUUAACAAAAGGAUUUUGUUGGAUCCUGAGGACGAAUUUUUGGUCGAAUAUUUGGCCAUGUGUACUUACACGGACGACGAAUGGACAGACUGUUUAUAUGACAUACUUGAAUGCGAAGUUGCCAGCGAACUUGUGGUCGACAAUUUUCAUAAUAACGUUUUCUCAUUGUUACAAGCUUUCGAUCUAAGAACUAUCGAAAGGAGUGUACGAGUAGAAAUUAUUUGUUUAUUCUUAUCGCUCGGGUUGCCAGUGCAGCUGGAAGACGUAUUAAAAUUUUAUAAUGAGUUUGGGCAUGACGAAGAGUUUGAAGCUUUCGUGUACAUGGACGUGCAACCUUCUUCGGUACCAUUGUGGGGCUAUUCGAGCCUUCCGGGGUUGUUUGCCUUAUAUUUUGGAGCAGACGUUGACGAACACUUGAAAUGUUUAAUAACACGGGAUUGCUUCGGUAAUUUUUUCGAAAUUCGGGUUUAUCUUAAGGGUAUUUUAAAAAUCGUCAAUUUUUGUACAAUAAGGAAAACCUUAAGAGACGAAUAUUUUAUCAGAAACGUGGUGACAAAUUAUUGUAAUGAUAAUUCUGAUCGUACUGACGAAUUAGUUGCAUUACAUAACGAAAUUAUUGACUGUUUUAAUAACAUGGAUGAAGUGCCAUCGUUGUUAGAAUUGUGUAGGAAUCGGGUCCGAUAUUUUAUUUAUGAGAACGCGUUCUUAAAGAAACCAUGUUAUUAUAAUACACUUCUGAAUGGAUUAAAAUUGCCUGAUUCGAUAAAAGAUAUCAUUAAAUUUAAAAGAACUUUAUAUAGAAGAAGGUCUGACGUACUUUUGUAAUAAUAUUACACUUAUAAUUAU